UCACUCACUCACUCACACACACACACACACCCCAUACUGAUGAGAGUUCCCCUAUCUCACAGAGCCAGUUCCACCAUCUGAGAGAGCCUUGUUUAUGUUAACAGGAGAGCAGCAGAGCUCUGUGUCGCACCGGUUCAACCUCCUACAGGAGAGCAGCUCUGUGUCGCGCCGGUUCAACGUCCUACAGGAGAGCAGCUCUGUGUCGCGCCGGUUCAACCUCCUACAGGAGAGCAGCUCUGUGUCGCGCCGGUUCAACGUCCUACAGGAGAGCAGCAGACACAAACUCUCUGAGGUUCAACUGUUACAAUGAUCCAAUAGAAACCGCUUCAUUCAGGCUCUGUCAGAGACAGAGAGAGAGAUACAGAGAGUCAGCAAGAGAGGCAAUAGGAGCAGCUGUGGAGGACUAAGAAGAGGAUGAACCUGUGAUCUUGCCAAGGAUGAGCAGAGACGAGGAGAGACGCAUCACUAUGAAUAAGGCCAAGAGAAAGUCUCGUGUGGACAGCCCUGGAGGUGUGAGAAGCAGGAGAACGGUUCAGAGGAGGAUGACCUGCCCUAGCUUCCCGGAGAUCACUAGAGUGCUGCAGAGCCCUGUCCCCAGUCCCCUGACCCGUUCUGCUAGCCUAGACGAGCUCAUCCUGCGAUGCCUGCACUGCUUCGACUCGGAUGGAAAACUUUCGCGGGGGUCUCAGCUAGUUCACAUGACUCUGAUGAUGCACAGCUGGGUUGUUCCCUCACAGACCUUCGCCCAGAAACUCCUCGCCCUCUAUAAGGACUGUCCAGUGGAAAAGAGAGAACUGAGACGACCGCAGGUCUGCCACCUCAUCAGACAGUGGAUCAGCAGGUUCCCAGCGGUGUUUGAGGCUGACCCUCAACUAGAGCAGAUGAUGGGAGAAUUGUGGACCCUGGCCAGGUCUGAGACACAGGACAUCAUAGACACGUCCUACCUUUAUGAUGCCAUCCCACCAUGUCUGUUUGAGUACGCUUCCUGUCACAGAGGGAAAUGUUCCUGUACGUUUGAGACCUUCUCACAACUCAGUCCAGUGAUCCCAGUCUCCCAGGCCCCAUCUCAGUCUGUAAAGAAGAGGAAGGUCUCUCUACUGUUUGACCACAUGGAGCCGGAUGAGAUGGCUGAACACCUCUCCUACCUGGAGUUCAAAAACUUCUGCAACGUCUCGUUCCUGGACUACCGUAGCUACGUGGUGCGUGGCUCUGUGAGGGACAACCCAUCCCUGGAGCGCAGUGUCAUGAUGUGUAAUGGGGUGUCUCAGUGGGUCCAGCUGAUGAUUCUGAGCAGACACACUGCACAGCAGAGAGCCCAGGUCUUCACCAAGUUCCUACACGUAGCCCAGAGGCUGCAUGCGCUGCAGAACUUCAACACUUUGAUGGCGGUGACGGGCGGUCUGUGUCACAGCUCCAUCUCUCGUCUGAAGGACACCGCCAGUCUGCUACCCCCUGACGUCACUAAGGCCCUGAGCGAGAUGACAGAGCUGCUGUCCUCCUCCAGUAACUAUAGUAACUACCGACGGGUGUACAGUGAGUGUUCAGGGUUUAAAGUGCCUAUCCUGGGGGUCCACUUGAAGGACCUGAUCUCCCUGAACGAGGCCCUGCCAGACUACCUGGAGGAGCAGAAGAUUAACCUGGGGAAACUGCAGCAUCUCUACUCUAACAUCUCUGACCUGCUGUCGGUACACUCCUGCUCUCCUCCGUUUGAAGCCAACAAGGAUCUGCUGCAUCUACUUACCCUGUCUCUGGAUCUGUACUACACAGAAGAUGAGAUCUAUGAGCUGUCCUACACCAAGGAACCCAAGAACACUAAGACUCAGCCUGUAGCACCUGUCAAAUCCCCAGUUGUAGCAGAGUGGGGGUCAGGGGUGACUCCGAGGCUGGACCCAGACACCAUCUCUAAACACGUCAAACAGAUGGUGGACUCCAUCAUGAAGAACUACGACCUGAACCAGGAUGGGUACAUCUCUCUGGAGGACUUCAAGAAGAUAGCAGCUAACUUCCCCUUCUCCUUCUGCAACAAUGACAGUGACAGAGAGGGGGAGAUCAGUCAUCAGCAGAUCAACUCCUACUUCAUGAGGGGGAUGUCCGUCUGUGCCAAACUAGGAUACAACUUCAAGAACGUUCACAACUUCCAUGAGACCACGUACAAGCGGCCCGCCUUCUGUGACACUUGUGGAGGCUUUCUGUGGGGGGUCAUCAAGCAGGGAUUCCACUGUCGAGACUGUGGGGUAAACUGUCACAGACACUGCCAGGACCUGUGUGGGAUGCAGUGUGUGAAGAGAGACAGGGUGUAUGCUGGGUCAUGUCCCUCCACCCCUGCCUCAGCCCUCACUCCUGUCCCAGACCUCCUGACCAAGGCGAACAGCUGGAGUUCGUCGGAAGACAACACAUUUGUUUUCCCCGGGGGUAACAGUAAUUGGGGUAACAACCGUAAUAGGAGGGACUUGGACCGGUCCACUCUGGGUAACGGGGGUGACUCUGCGCUCUCAGACCGGUCCACCCAGACAGACCCGGGGUUGUGGAUGCCUGUGAGUGUGGACAAGAAGGGAAACCAGCAAGUUCUCCCUAUAGAGAGAGACAGGGGCUGUGUUGUGAAGCCCCAGAGAUUCCUUGGCUCCUCCAUGCCUGCCUCCUUCCUGCAGGAGAAGAUGGAGGAACUCAACUUGAUCAGAGAUAAGAGCAGAGAACCCGACUGAGCUGGGACACUGGAUACCCACGGACACACACACACACACACGGACACACACACACACACACGAACGGACACACACACACGAACGGACGGACACACACGAACGGACACACACACAGACACACACACGAACGGACACACACACACGAACAGACGGACACACACACACGCGAACAGACAGACAUACAUACGGACACGCACACACGAACAGACGGACACACACACACACGAACAGACGGACACACACACACACGGAAGGACAGACACACACACACACACACACACACACACGGACGGACGGACACACACACACACGAACGGACACACACACACACGAACAGACGGACACACACACACACGGAAGGACAGACACACACACACACACACACACACACACACACGAACGGACGGACAGACACACACACAGACACACACACGAACGGACACACACACACGAACAGACGGACACACACACACGCGAACAGACGGACACACAUACGGACACACACACACGGAAGGACAGACAGACACACACACAGACACACACACGAACGGACACACACACAGACACACACACGAACGGACACACACACACGAACAGACGGACACACACACACGCGAACAGACAGACAUACAUACGGACACGCACACACGAACAGACGGACACACACACACACGAACAGACGGACACACACACACACGAACAGACGGACAAACAUACGGACACACACGAACAGACGGACAGACACACACAAACUCACACACCCAGACAUCAAAUAAACUGUGAGCCAAUGGGUUUGUUUCUCAAUAUGCAUCCUACCGUGCUCCACACUCAUGCUCCAAGUGCUUUCUCUUGAGGACGUUCUCCCGACUGCUUUCUCUUGAGGACGUUCUCCCGACUGCUUUCUCUUCAGGACGUUCUCUCGAGUGCUUUCUCUUGAGGACGUUCUCCCGACUGCUUUCUCUUCAGGACGUUCUCCCGACUGCUUUCUCGUCAGGACGUUCUCCUGACUGCUUUCUCUUCAGGACGUUCUCCUGACUGCUUUCUCUUCAGGACGUUCUCCUGAGUGCUUUCUCUUCAGGACGUUCUCCCGACUGCUUUCUCUUCAGGACGUUCUCUCGAGUGCUUUCUCUUCAGGACGUUCUCCUGAGUGCUUUCUCUUGAGGACGUUCUCCCGACUGCUUUCUCUUGAGGACGUUCUCCUGAGUGCUUUCUCUUGAGGACGUUCUCCCGAGUGCUUUCUCUUGAGGACGUUCUCCUGAGUGCUUUCUCUUGAGGACGUUCUCCCGAGUGCUUUCUCUUCAGGACGUUCUCCCGACUGCUUUCUCUUGAGGACGUUCUCCCGAGUGCUUUCUCUUCAGGACGUUCUCUCGACUGCUUUCUCUUGAGGACGUUCUCCUGAGUGCUUUCUCUUCAGGACGUUCUCCCGAGUGCUUUCUCUUCAGGACGUUCUCCCGAGUGCUUUCUCUUCAGGACGUUCUCUCGACUGCUUUCUCUUGAGGACGUUCUCUCGAGUGCUUUCUCUUCAGGACGUUCUCCCGAGUGCUUUCUCUUCAGGACGUUCUCUCGACUGCUUUCUCUUGAGGACGUUCUCCCGACUGCUUUCUCUUGAGGUUGAGAGUGUGGAGAACACAUAAUACUUUCCAUUUGAAAAGCGCUUCCCCCUGCUGUAUUACCUCACACUGCACCUCCCCUUUCCCUCGCCCUCCUUCCAGACAGGACAAUGACGACAACAGACGAAGAUAUACACAAAGCUAACUUUUACUUCAUAAUUAUCAGCUAGAUAUAUGUGAAUAGUUGUAAUCUAGCUAGCCAGCUAGCUAGUUAAAACAGGGGGAAAAAAUGAACAGAAACUAAUGUCAUGCAAAGUACAGUCGAUGUCAAUUCUUUGUGGGUAGCGAGCUAACAUUUUUUUUCUCCAGUGGCUAGCCAGUUAGCCCUAUUGAUUUACUAUGGACUUAACCCAUUCCUUCUUCUAGCCAGGACAAUGGCAAUAGAGACGAAAAACAAUAUAUAUACACGAAGCAAAUGUUUUACUUCAUAACUAUGAGCUUGCUAUAUGCUUCCUGUUUGGGGUUUUAGGCUGGGUUUCUGUACAGAACUUUGUGACAUCAGCUGAUGUAAGAAGGGCUUUAUCAAUACAUUUAAUUGAUUGAUUGCUAUAUGUUUACCGUAAUAAUGUAGCUAACCAGAUAGAAUAACAGGCAAAAAAAAACGACAUAAACCAAUGUUAUCCAAGGUCGAGAUCAAUUCUUCGUGGGCAGCAAGCUAACAAAGGGUCACAAUUUGUGGCUCUCUGGCUAGCUAACAGUAGUAGUUAGCCAGUUAGCUCUAUUGACUUUACAAUGGGCUUACGACCUAAGCACACUACAGUGGGUACUGUAGGAAGGUAACCAUGCCAAAACGGGCUGUAUUUAUUAACGUAGCAAGAUAAAAUAUUGUAGUCAGGCAACGUAUAUGAUUAGCUAACAUUUAAAUUCCCAAGAUGCAUUGUAUUUUCCCUUCAGCUCAAGUAAUGGCCGCCAUUGAUUUUUAAUUUUAAUCAAAUUUGUGUAAUUUUGUUGUUGUGUUUUUUUGUAAUCAUAUUUCUUUGCAUACUUUCUGUUGAAGCUUACAUCGAUGCAUGCUUCAACAUAUGUACGAAUGGAACACGCAUUCAAAAAGUACCUUCAAUGCACUGUUUUGUAUACUUUGAUUUGGGACUUAACCUCCGACGCCCCCGUGCUACAAUAUGCCACGGUAUUAUGGAUUUUGAUAAACACCCAUUGAUGCAACCAGUUUUCAUGAUAAUUUUCAAGUUGAGUUCAUGUAAAAAAAUAUAUAUAUAUAAAAAAAAAAUGUUUUCCUGUGACUUCUACAAUCUAUUUUGGUUUUCUAAAUAUAUACAGUGUAUUCUAACUGUUAUGGGAUGUAUAAUGUAUUUUUUUCCAUUUCUGAACAUUCUUGAACGUCCUGUGGUGCUAAGCUCUUUUCUUCAACACCAGGGGUUAUAUCCCAAAUGGCACCCUAUUCCCUAUAUAAGGCACUAAUUUGAUCACUACUAGAUCCCUGGUCAAAAAGGUAUUUAAAUUUUUUUUUUUUAAACUCGACAAGUCAGUUAAAAGAUAAAAUCUUAUUUUCAAUGACGGCCUAGGAACAGUGGGGUUAACUGCCUUGUUCAGGGGAAGAACGUCCAUUUUUUUUUACCUUGUCAGCAGCUCGAGGACUCGCUCUCGCAACCUUUCGGUUACUGGUCCCACACUCUAACCACUAGGCUACCUGCCGCACCAAGGUAGUGCACUAUAUAAGCAAUAGGGUGCCAUAGUGGACAGGCCCGUGGAGAUGGACCUCCCAAGACUGCCUUAAAAUCUUAUACAACAAGCUACCCGGUAAAGCAUGAAGGGACAUGAUUAUACUAAUGUCAGUAGUACAAUGCACCUCCGUCCCUUCCACCUCCACCAAAUACACACGGCCUUAUCAAAGCUUCUGCUGGACUGCAUCAGUGAAACUACAGCAACGUUUCAAACCCUGUGAUGUGAUGAUCGUUGUUGUACUGUUGUAAUUAUGUUCAUAUUCUGGCAUCUCUGCUAAUCUCAGUUUAAGGUGUCAGUGUGUUGUUGUUGUUUUUUUAAAGGAAAUUUGAGGUGGGACGACAGGUAAAUUAUAUGUUAUUGUUAAGGCCUACUGUACUAUACUGGGUCCCAAAUGGCACUCUAUGCCCUAUAGCGGACUAUUACCUGGUUGAUGCAAACUUACCACUUGUAAAAUGCACCCAUUAAAAAUAACCUACAAAAUCUUAA